AUGAGCAUGAACGUCCAGCUCCACGAUGCCGUCGUGCCGUAUCUUGUGUCUCCGUAUGAAAACUUUUUCUUCUUGAUUCACCACGUGAGACUUACAGUCGAGAGUGGCAAUGGUUAUCCAGGUCAAGGAGGCUGUUUUUACGGUAGUGAAGGAUGUUGUUACGUCUCGCACUAUCGUCUCGUGUUUGUAUCGGACCGAGCAAUGGAACAGACUGCGUACCAGUCCUUCUCGUUGCCACUUUAUGGCAUUCGUGACUGGUGCUUUCACGUGAGCUUCCUUGGUGUCAAGAGUUGGAAAGGACAUGUCAAUUGUGUUCCAGGUGGAGGACUGGUCGGGGUUGGCAAGUUUACUAUGGAGUUCCUGAGUGUCGGCUUUGAAGAGUUUCGCAACCAUGUACGACCAUUGCUCGAGCAUUCAAGAGCUUUGCACCGUCAGUUCUGCGACUUGACAAGUCCUUCAGUGUUACUGGUACCAGGAAAAAGGCAAGAAGGGGACGCAAUGAGACUCGUUUAUUGCUCUGUUGAGGAUCCCAUGACGCUGUUCCUUGUUGACAAAGUUCCUGCAAGUGCAGAUCACUGA